AUGGAGACGCCCUCUUCCCCCUGCCGAGAGGAGACUCAGUUCCAUGUCUUUCCAAACCUCAAAACUUGCGGAUCAAAUACGGGUGGUGCUGAAGGCCACGGAGGACCCACUCUACCUGAGAAGCCGUCACCGUCAUCACACACACCCUGCGACCUGCCUAACGGUUGGGCUCCCACGUCGACAGGUCUGCCCCCCGCAAAGAAACCUGUGAGUUGGAGGAGACCUUCUGCGGUUGGGGCUGGCCUGCAGAACCUGGGGAACACGUGCUAUGCGAAUGCGGCCCUGCAGUGUCUGACGUACACACCACCCCUCGCCAGCUACAUGCUGUCCCAGGAGCACUCCCGAAGCUGUGGGAGGCAGCCCUUCUGCGUGCUGUGUGCUCUGCAGGCUCACGUGACCCGGGCCCUCUGCCGUCCGGGAGACGUGAUCCGGCCUCCGCCAACACUGCUCGCUGCCUUCCACACACACAGGCAGGAGGAUGCCCAUGAGUUUCUGAUGUUCACUCUGGAUGCUAUGCAGCAAGCGUGUUUGCGUGAGGACAAGCCUUCAGAGCCUCAGGCUCAGGACGCCACCCUCAUCCGGCAAAUCUUUGGGGGAUACUGGAGGUCUCAAAUCCAGUGUCUCCACUGCCAGGGUGUCUCCAGCACUUUGGACCCUUACCUGGACAUUAGCCUGGAUAUCGGGGCAGCUCAGAGUGUGAGCCAAGCUUUGCAACACUUGGUGAAGCCCGAACAGUUGCAUGGCGAAAAUGCCUAUCGUUGUAGUACUUGUCUCGACAAGGUACCUGCUUCCAAGACGUUGACUUUGCACACUUGCUCCAAGGUCCUGAUGCUGGUCUUGAAACGAUUCUGCCAUUUCACGGGCAGCAAACUGGCUAAGGAAGUGCAAUAUCCUGAGCGCCUUGACAUGCAACGCUACGUGUCUGGGCAGAACGGGGGGUCGCUGACUUAUGUGCUCUAUGCCGUGCUGGUGCACGCGGGCUGGAAUUGUCACAGCGGACAUUACUUCUGUUACAUCAAAGCUGGGAACGGCCAGUGGUACAAAAUGGAUGAUGCGAAGGUGACCGCCAGUGAUGCGACGUCUGCCCUGAGCCAACACGCCUAUGUCCUCUUUUACAUCCAGAAGAGUGAAUUGGAAAGAGACCGUGCAAGUGAGCCAGGUGCUGGGGAAUCCACAUCCCUCCGGGCUGACCACGCAGGCGCGGCUGCGGCCCAAGGGGGGCCUGAAACCGACCCCAACAUCGAGGUGCCACAAUUGGAGGAUCACGUGGAAGAGACACCACUGCCAGCAAUCACGUUAGACCAGUGGAGAGUCCUCCAAGAAAGCCACCGUCCCAAGUCUGAAUUCAACCUCAGGAAACUAGAAUUGGCUCUUCCCCCCGACGCAGUCCUCAUUCACCAGUCCAAAUACAGAGAUGAGAUGGGAAAGGAUCACCGUGAGCCAAACAUCCACCGGCUCAACAGUUCAGCCAGGGACAUCCCACCUCAGAGGGCAACGGCCAUUAACCAAGUCCCUUGUCUCACCGGCAGAGCCAGAGCUACCAAGAGGAAGAACAAGAAGGGACAGAGGUCUCAGGAAGCAGUGCAGGGAUCCCACUACAGGCUUUGA